CUUUCCUGCGCUUCCGCCAGCUCCGUCAUUUGCGCAAACGUUCAUGCCAGUACACCAGCCACCAUCGUGACUGGACCUCUCAUGCACCGCGCCAACGCAUGCGUAUCCAACGUUCAGCCUGAGAAUUUGAAGGCGCUCGCAAGUCCGGUAGAUGGGUAUGGGUCACGAGGACCCAACGACGUCAUCCGCCGUAUCAGCCACCGCCGCGUCCUCCAGGCUCUGCUGCGACACACCCCCACCGUCAACCGCAGUCUCAGAGCAUGCACAGUCGUCUCUAACGCGCUCAUUCGUACGAUCACUCUGAAGCUGCGUCGGCUGCGAUGACCACCGCAAAGAUCAUUUACGGCACUGCGUGGAAGAAGGAGCGCACUACUGAGCUCGUCGUCAACGCGGUCCUCAAUGGCUUCCGUGCCAUCGACACCGCUGGUCAGCCAAAGCACUACAACGAAGAACUCGUGGGCGAGGCGCUCGAAAUCCUGCAGAACCAGCACGGCAUCAGGCGCGAGGACCUCUUCAUCCAGACAAAGUUCACCUCUCUCGGCGGUCAAGACCGCUCCAAACCGCUCCCCUACAACCCGAGCGACCCCAUCCCCACCCAGAUUCAAACCUCUGUCCAAAACUCGCUCCGGAACCUGCGCACGACCUACCUCGACAGCCUCCUCCUGCACUCGCCGCUCUCGCGCGUGGCGGACACCGUAACUGCGUGGCGCGCACUGGUCGCGCUGCAGGACGAAGGCACCGUGCACACGAUCGGGAUGAGCAACACGUACGACGUGCGCGUGCUCGAGCAGCUCGAGCGGGAGACCGGGCGCCGCGUGCAGGUCGUGCAGAACAGGUGGUUCGAGGGGAACGCGUGGGACAGGGAGGUGUGUCGGUACUGUCGCGAGCGCGGGAUCCAGUACCAAUCAUUCUGGACCCUCUCCGGCUCGCCCUCGCUCCUCGCGCACCCUUCGCUCCGCGCCGUCGCCCACGCAAAGCACUGCACGCCCGCGCAGUCGCUCUUCAGGCUCGCGCAGAUGCACGGUGUCACGCCGCUCUCGGGGACGACGAGCGUUGAGCAUAUGCGGGAGGACGUCGCUGCCGCGGAGAUCGAUCUUGAGGAGGAGCUGCAGGGUGGCGCGGUGAGGGAAGUCGUAAAAUUGGUGUGGGGUCCGUGAAGGCUGGGCUUCGGGGACUCGUGGAGGGAGGGCGAGAAGUCUGUUGCGUAUGUACGAUAGUAAGUGUGAGCUGAGUCGAUGUUUUGUAGCUUAUAUGGUUGGUUCGUGUACGGCCCAUCGCUGCCCUCAGGUCUGUAGCGUGGUUUCUCUCGUUGAUUCAUGCCUGCAGCAGGAGCUGAACCUCGGUCGAGCUCCCGUCUCUCUGCUUCUAUGCGAACGUCAUGUUAUGGUCCUUGGGGCAGCUCCAGAGAAUCAGCCAUUGUCGCACCUCUACCGUCCGAGGUAUAGGUGACGUACAAUAUCAUGCGAGGGUUUGUAUACCGUAGCGAACAGCGACAUCAGUCGAACGACCCUUCAACGUGUUCGUCUCCAGCCACGUCCUCCACGGACAGACGCAGCUCACAC